GCAAGAGGUUACUGAACUCCCCUCGCUGACCCUGGAACACCGAUUCCCUGAUCUACAUACAUAUAUUCGUUCGUUCGUUCGCUCUGAUCGAAGCGUUGCAAUCCGCAAGAUGGGGAGCGACGCACUGAGCGUCGUACAGGGAGGACCGAAACUCCAGAGAGUCGUGUCGCAACCUGAGAAUCCCUUCGCGAGCCUCAUCUCCGACCAGUCUAUCGCAAUCGUCCCUUCUUUCACUCUCGAAUCUGGAGUUGUCUUGUAUAACGUCCCUGUCGCCUACACGACUAGAGGAAAGUUAAAUGCAGCCAGAGAUAAUGCUUUGGUUGUGUGCCAUGCCCUGAGCGGCAGCGCAGAUGUCAGUGACUGGUGGGGUCCACUGCUGGGUGGUCCCGGUCAGGCAUUCGACACCACGAAAUUUUUCGUGGUAUGCCUCAACAGUCUGGGAAGUCCCUAUGGCAGUGCUAGCGCUGUAACGUACAAGGAUGGCGACUCGAGAAAAGGUCUCUAUGGACCAGAGUUUCCGUUGACCACGAUAAGGGAUGAUGUAAAUAUCCACAAAAUUGUUUUGGACGAUCUAGGAGUUCGACAGAUCGCAGCCGUUGUUGGCGGUUCGAUGGGUGGCAUGUUAACUUUGGAAUACGCGUUCCUUGGAAAAGAUUAUGUUCGUAGCAUUGUACCCAUCGCAACCUCCAGUCGCCAUUCUGCAUGGGGAAUAAGCUGGGGUGAAGCUCAAAGGCAGAGCAUCUACAGCGACCCCAAAUACGAGGACGGUUACUAUUCGUUCGAUGACCCACCGGCCACGGGACUUGGUGCGGCGCGAAUGGCAGCGUUGCUGACGUACCGAAGUCGAAAUUCGUUCGAAGCGAGGUUUGGCAGAAACGUCCCAGACGCCUCCAAACGCCAGAACGUCAAUAGCACCGCCCGUCUUCCCACACCUCCAAAUGAUCAUUGGGCUGUUCAUAACGACGGACACAAGUCAACCCGGACGGCCCCAGUGCAAACUUCGACUGAGAUUCUUGCUCCAGUUCCCCAGUCCGAGAUUAAAUUUACCGAUCCACAGUUCAGUGGUGCCACUCUGUUCAACGCUCCUCCUUCACCCGCGCUUGAUCCUUCCAAGCGUCCGGCUACAUAUUUCUCCGCCCAAUCAUAUCUACGAUAUCAAGGGCAAAAGUUUGUGAAACGUUUCGACAGCAACUGCUAUAUUGCAAUCACGCGAAAACUCGACACACAUGAUGUUUCGCGCCACCGGGUAGAUGCAUCUUCGCUCACGCCGGUAAAAGAUGCACUUGCGCAAAUUCAACAGCCAGCUUUAGUCAUUGGAAUUGAGAGUGACGGCCUUUUCACCUUUGCCGAACAGCAAGAAAUUGCAGAGGGCAUUCCAAAUGCACGACUGAGAACAAUCGACAGUCCAGAAGGCCACGAUGCAUUCCUGCUGCAGUUUGAGCAGGUUAACCGUCACAUUCUUGAAUUUUUCAGGGGAGUCCUACCUGAGAUCAUGGCCGCUGAUGGUGAUACCGAUUCCAGCAAGGACCAUGUUGCUCAACUGACGAAAAGCAGUACCUUCGGCGAAGCUGAGGUUGAAGAUAUCACUGCUUGGUGAAACCCGACAUUCCGCUUCCACCCGUCAGAAAGGCCUCGCAAGUCCCACUUUUUCCCGUUCCCUCCCGAUCCUUUUGUGUUUAGACCUAAGCUAGAUUGAGCAUCCAACUGCUCUUCUUUGAUAUCCAGAGAUGUGUCUCAUGUUCUUAUGCAUGUUAUGAGUGGUGGCGUUUUCAUCGUGCAUCCAACUGCACUUGGAUUUUCUUUUUUUCCCUUUCUUUUCUUUUUUUUUCUUUUUUUCUUUUUAUUUCCUUGAUAUCCACCUGCGUUCUCUUGUAUACGAGAAGAAAUAGCCUCUUUCCAAGGCGCAUACUUGCCGCCUAAGACUUUUUGCAGCACUGUUAUGAUGUUCAAGAGUAGAACUGCCCUGAGAACUGCCUAUGUAAUGUAUGUAUUGUACAUGUGUGAAAGUCGAGAGA